UCCGCCCCGCCCUCCUCCCGCCGGGAGAAGAUGGCGGCGGCGGCGGCGGAGCCAGGCGGGCGGGCCGCGGGCUCGUCGGUUCCGUCGCUACGACGAGGCCGGGGUCGGCGGCGUCGGGACGAGGCCGUGCCCGCGGACGACGACGGAGUCCCGGAGACCCCUGGGCGGCGCUCGGGCCAGCGGGAGGGCUCCGCAGGAGAUCCGGGCCCUCCGCGAGAUUUUAUCUUCAGAACGCCCAUCACUUUGGCCAAACAUGGAGAAGUUCACGAGGAACAUAAAAGCCACUUGCGAAAGCUGAGACAUGAAAAAUGGCAAGAAGAGAAAAACCCGGAGGAUUUGAUGCACAAGCUGAUGGCGGACGAAGCUGAAGUGGACAGAAGGAGGACGGAUGACCAGAAGAAAGAGGAAUCCCUUAUGGCCAGAGUGAGCCAUGAACGUUUUCCCGAGUGCCUGUCGGAUUCCGAAAACGAGGAACCCUUCCAGUGCCGGCCCGUCUAUCGGUCGGCUUUCGUCUCCAAGGGCAGCGCCUAUUCCGUCGCCUUGCUGGCUGGAAAUUUCAGCUCCCAAGUGGAAAGGAGUCAAAGUUGCAACGAUACUCUGGGAAAUCGAUCAAAGAGCAGGCAGAGAUCGGCUCCUGUUCGAACAAAGGCCAACCCCUUCACUGGUGCCUCCGUUUCCCUCGUGGGCGUCCUUUCUUCCACCCAGAACAACCGCUGCCUCUCUGCUCCGGACCUGACGGCCGAGAAGCGCCUGGUCUCUCACCAGGCGCCGUCUUCGUUCCCUGUCCUGCCUAGGCAGGAGCGCUCGAUCAGCCCCGAGAGCAACGACAGCAUCUCUGAGGAGUUGAACCAUUUCAAGCCCAUCGUCUGCUCGCCCUGCACGCCUCCCAAGCAGCUGCCGGAUGGGCGCGUGCUGAGCCCCCUCCUCAUCAAGUCCACCCCCAGGAACCUGACCAGGAGCCUGCAGAAGCCCACCACGUACGAAGCCAGCCCUCGGAUCCUGAAGAAGUGGGAACAGAUCCUCCAGGAACGUCAAGUCAAGAACACUCUCUCCAAGGCUACCUUGACCUCCUCGGUUCUCGAGUCAGGUGAAGAUUUCCCGGCUCCGACCCUCAACGUCCCCAUCAAGUGUCCUCUGCAGAUGCCCAACGAGGUCUCCUUGCCAGACCCUCUCCGUCCCCCUUCUCUUACAAAGGUGGACAGUUCUGCACACAGUCGGAGAGACUCGGAAGCUACGGAGCUGACCCCCAGGGUCCUCCCGCCAAGACCCACCGAAAACCCCCCCAAUUCCAGGAUUUCCGAGCUCUCCGAAGCGAAAUCAGUGCCCCGUCUGGCUGGGCCAUGCCUUCACUUCGAUGCCAAAACGAUACCCCGGAAAGUCGUCCGAGUGAACUCAGCCUCGGAGAACGGCACUCUCGGUAAUACGGCCGAGCGGAAGCCGCGUAAAUACUGGGACGAGAGUGAACUGUGCCGUCUCUCCAACGGCCUCCGUCUCGAGAGGGGGCUCGGCGAGGAGACCCCCUCUCUGCGGCGCGGACAAAAGCGGCCGUGUAAAACCAAGCACCUGGACCCUUCGGUCAAGCGGCUGAGGCCGUCGGCGGGCUCUCGCAAGGGCCCUCCAGCGUCCGACCCGCUGAGACGUCAGAGGCGGCGACAACGUGGCAGGACCGAGCAGCGACUGCAGCAGGAGGAGGCUGACCGGCGGCUGGCCGUGCAACUCCAGCGGCAGUUCGAGAGGGAGAUCCGGACAGCGGAGAGGCCGAAGGGACGAGCCGAUCAGUAUUUCUUACGGUCCAAGAACACCACCGGGGCAAAGUAACCCUUCGCCAGCUACGCGGCUUUUUCGAGAUAUCCCAUGUAGACGUCGCUUCAUCAGUCUGGUGGAGUUCCGGGGAACAGGAGUUCUGCCCGGUCAGUACGGGAGCCGGAUGGAGGUCACAGUCUGGAGCUUUCCGCCCCCUCCCCUCCUCCAACUGACUCCGAGAUCAUCAGUCUCUCUCGCAGCGAAGACCCCUUUUGUCUGUUCUCGUUCGGAGGUCGGAUCUUGGGUGCCGGUCCGGCUGUCGCUGCCUUGGGAUCCGAGUCGGUUACAAUAACGGGGGUGAACCGACGUUGCGAGCAGCGUUUGCAAUUUCAGGAGCAGCCCUGCGCUGCUGGAAGGCCCGGUUGGCAGAAUGGUGGAUCUGCAAUAAAAUAUAUUUGAAUCUAUAAAUACAGGUAGUCCUCGACUUACGACAGUUCGUUUAGUGACCGUUCAAAGUUACAGCAUCAGAGACAAAAGUGACUUACGACCGUUUUUCACACUUAACGACCGUGGCAGCAUCCCCGUGGUCGCGUGAUCAAAAUUUCCAGAUGCUUGACGACUGACUUGUAUUUAUGACGGUCGCAGUCUCCCUGGGGUCACGCGAUCCCCUUUUGCGACCUUCUGACAAAUAAAGUCGAUGGGGAAGCCAGA